GGGAGGGCAGCUGAGCACGGAUAUGACGAACGCUUGUUGAUGUACUAACCGGAAGCAACACAAACAGAUGCAAGUCGCCCUAAAUAUGAUCGAGGGAGCCGAGCGCACACAGAAACUCACACAGGAGCGCCCUGGGGAUCACUUCUGACCUCACUGUUUUGCUUUUAUUGUAAAUUUUAAUCUAAAUUAGACGUGGUUUUGUUUUAUCGUUGUUGUUAUGAUGAAGGGUGCAUGUGUGUGGUCGCUGGUCUCUGUGUGUGUGUUGUGUGUGUGUGUCGCGUAUAAACCUGUGAUCAUCAUUCACGGGCUCUUCGACACCUCCGCGGAUUUUAUCAACCUUCACCGAUUCAUCAACCUGUCUCACCCAGGCACUAAUGUGACUGUCCUAGACCUGUUUGACCGCAGCGCCAGCUUGCAGCCGCUCUGGAAGCAGGUGGAGGGCUUUACAGAAGCCAUAUAUCCCAUCAUGCAGCACGCAGCCGAUGGCGUCCACCUCAUCUGCUACUCGCAAGGUGGCCUGGUGUGUCGAGGGAUCCUGUCCACUCUUCCAGAUCAUAACGUGCACUCGUUCAUAUCUCUGUCUGCUCCGCAGGCCGGGCAGUAUGGAGACACAGACUAUCUGAAGUACCUCUUCCCUCAGUUCGUCAAAUCCAACCUGUAUCAUGUGUGCUAUACCGCAGUGGGCCAGAAGAUCUCGAUCUGUAACUACUGGAACGACCCUCAUCACAGAGACAUGUACAUCAACAGCAGUGACUACCUGGCCUUACUGAACAACGAGAAAGAAAAUCCCAACUCUACAGCUUGGAAACAAAACUUCCUGCGCAUUAAGAAGCUGGUGCUGAUUGGUGGAGCUGAUGAUGGAGUCAUCACUCCGUGGCAGUCAAGUCAGUUCGGUUUCUACGAUGAGAAUGAAACGGUCGUUGAGAUGAAAAACCAGAAAGUGUUUUUGAUGGACAUCUUCGGGCUGAAGACGCUGUACGCUCGAGGAGAUCUGGCUCUGUGUUCGAUGGCAGGUGUCGCUCACGUCUUCUGGCACUCCAAUGAAACCGUUUAUAAAACCUGCAUUGAGAAAUGGCUCACGUAGACACUGACAAGCGCCCACACUUGACUACAGAUCUUUCUCUAUUUUCUAUUCACUGUAUACAUUUCGUUACAGGACACUAAUGCAUGGCCUCAUACACACAUUCAGUGAAAUACAGGGGUAGAAAGGUGACUUCUAAACAUAAGGAAUAACCAUCAGUGCCUGAGGGAUACAUUUCUCAUUUUGCAGAAAGAUCUGAAGCUCUAUUUUUCAA